UCAAUCAGUUCGUUUCAAAACCCUGGCCAGCUUCCAUAUACGCAUCCGGCAAUACUCCGUCAGCGACACAACGGAACGGAUCCACCAAGAGAAAAGAAAAAAACGAAGACCUACGAAAACGUUACAGUUCUCGGGAUUGCAUAUUCUAAUCUCCCUGGGGAGACAGACACUCACUUCGGGUUGUGUGCCGGGUUCUGCUUCUACUUGAAGUGUGGAGCGUAUAGAAAAACUUCCAGAAAUUUAAUUAGGGAUAAAAUUUUGAAAAUUUCGAAAAUUUUGCGUGUGCAUAGAAAUAGUUAAAUCAUGUAUCGGGCCUAAUUAAAUUAUAGAAUCGACCUUUGCCAGAAGCACUCGGGGUAGGAAGGUUGCUGACAAAAGUUUGCAAGGGUUUUGUUUUCCCUGAGACUGCAACGGAUGUUGGUUUUGUGCAGAAAAAGUUUUUAAACAGUUGUGUUAAAUUUUAAAGUGUCUGUUCUGUUCUGAAGAAGUUUAAGGAUUAAAGUGAGCAGCUGAAAAGAAAUGGUUGAAAAACUGCACGAGUACCAGGGAUGGUCGGGACGAUUGCACGAAUGGCGUGAUGGGAUACGGGAGCGUUUCUCGAGCUUCCGAGAACAGCAUCCUGAGAGUCUGGUGGAAAUGGCCAAGACAGCAGCCUCCGAUCAGAUGAAAGGCAACACGGCAGUGGGUGAUGAUUUUUCCCAUAUUUACAGACACAAGACUCGUCAGGAACUUGUCCGAGUUUCAGCGGCAGUCAUGGGUAUUGAAUUCUCGUAUGCCGCCGAAACGGCUUUUGUAUCUCCAACCCUUUUAAAAAUCGGGGUCGAACAUCAGCACAUGACGCUAGUAUGGGCACUAUCCCCCUUAGUUGGAUUCUUUGUGUGUCCCAUUCUGGGAUCACUGAGUGACCGUUGUAAACUGAAUAUGGGACGGAGGCGACCUUUUAUUAUUCUCCUUUCCAUUGGCGUUUUAAUGGGAUUACUGCUUGUGCCAAAUGGUGAGGAUUUGGGUUACACCUUCGGUGAUGUUGACCCACACGCCCAGAUUGCUGCAAUGAAUCUAACUGCAAACCAAACCCAUAACAAUAUCAACGUUUCGCCUCAUCGUGCUUCGGCGUCUGAUACCGAGGUGCAGGUUGUGCAGAAGACCUCUCAUCCUUGGGGUAUAUUCUUUACGAUAUUGGGAACGGUGCUGUUGGAUUUCGAUGCAGAUGCCUGUCAAAGUCCAGCCAGAGCGUAUCUACUGGAUGUUUGUAUUCCAGAGGACCAUGCUAAGGGACUUUCAACAUUCACAAUUAUGGCAGGAUUGGGAGGAUUUAUGGGAUACUCAAUGGGGGGAAUCAAUUGGGAUGCCACUUCAAUAGGUCGCAAACUUGGGGGACACGUUAAGGCAGUAUUCACAAUCAUCACAUUCAUAUUCAUUGGUUGCGUCUCGUUUACCGUCACCAGCUUCAAGGAAAUACCGCUCUGGGCAUUGGUAGCUCCAAAGACGUCAGGCAGAGGCGACGAAUCCGAUGCAUUGGGUCCAGGUGAAAAUGCUGUGUCCUAUGGUGCCCUCAAUGAUGACGAAGUUAAUGAUUCAAUGCUAGAUGAUGAUAAAAAGUCCGAAUACACGACUGUCCCUGGGGAGAAUAUAAGUGAAACGUCCUUUGCUGCUAGCAAUCAACUUCCACCCACGUUAAACCAACAAGAUGGAGAAGAAUCCCAACCCAAGGAGAGUGUACAAACCCUAUCCCACUACUUGUUGUCCAUUGUCUAUAUGCCGCACUCCUUGAGGAUGGUCUGUCUGACAAAUCUCUUCUGUUGGAUGGCUCACGUUUGUUAUUCCCUCUAUUUUACGGACUUUGUGGGCGAGGCUGUCUUUGGUGGUGAUCCGAAGGCUUUGGAAGGAACAGAAACGCAAAUCCUCUACGAAGAAGGCGUCCGCUUCGGCUGCUGGGGCAUGGCUAUGUAUUCAUUGUCUUGUUCCUGUUAUUCGCUUAUUAUUGAAAAGCUCAUUCAGAGAUUUAAGGCUAAGCCGGUUUACAUUGGGGGAUUGCUUUUCUACUGUGCCGGAAUGACUUUGAUGGCAAUGACACGCGCCAAAGCCAGCGUCAUCCUCUUUAGUUGGACAGCAGGUGUUAUGUAUUCGACUUUAUUUACGAUGCCAUAUCUCUUGGUGGCGCACUACCAUGCCAAAGGAACUUUUGAAUUGGACUAUGAUGGAUCACCGAAGUUAGGAACUGAGGUGCGUGGACUUGGCACCGACAUCGCUAUCGUUAGCAGCAUGGUAUUUUUAGCACAAUUUAUCUUGUCUAUUUGCAUGGGAACCAUCGUGACUAUCUCGGGAACGACAACAGCUGUUGUCAGUAUGGCGAGCUUUUUAAGUUUUUGUGGAGCCAUAGCCGCAACACAGGUCAUGUAUUUAGAUUUGUAAGAAAACGAUGAAGUUGUUCAUUAAAAACCUAAAAUGACAAUAAUUUGGUAUGGAA